AUGAUUAGAGCAUUUUCGACCUCUGCCGCUGCCGCUUUCAAGAAGGAGUCUGUAACUCAGUUCAGCAACGUUGCCAGGGCUGCUGCCCCACCAAAGAAGUGGCAGCCUACAAAUGGUAACUCUUUCAGAUCGUUCGCUGAGUACAGAUUGAAGGUGGUCAACCAGUCGCCAUUGAAGCUCAGAUCCAAGGCUAAGAAGGUCUGA